AUGGUGCCACUGCCUCUCUUCAAGAUUGCUGCCCUCUUCGUGAGGCAUGUGUCCAAGUACGGCGCGAACCGCAUCAAGGCACAAGCCCACGACCACCCCAAGUUCCGCGCCUUUGCCGCCCGCUAUGGCCAGUCGAUACACCAGCUCAACAUGCGCCUCUCCGUCGCGCUCCUCCGUAACGUCGAGGCCGAGAUGAGAGCCAAGGAAAAAGCCGAAGCGCCCACCGUCAAGACGAAAGAGCAGGUCGAGAAGGAGGAAGAAGCCAAGGCGAAACAGGCGAAGCUCGAGGCCGGACACCCAGACUCCGCCGCCAGGCGCAAGUCCUCUUCUUCGUCCAGCGGAGGGGCAGAAAAGAAACCGACGAGCGUGUGGCGCCGCAAGUUCAGGCCGCUCCCCGAGGCCAAGGCCGUCGACCUCUUCGCGGACGUGAUUGGCGAUGCGUUCAUCCUGGGCGUGGCAAGUGCCAUCAUCAUCUACGAGUACUGGAAGGCGUCGCAGAAGCCGGAUCACAACGCGGAACGGAUCAAGAUGCUGGACGCCAAGCUGGAAGAGCUCACGCGCCGCGAGGAGGAGCUGGCGCGCUCUGAAGAGGAGCGGCAGCAACGAUACGAGGCGUUGGAGAAUGCGCUGCGGGAGCUGAGGGACCCCAAAACGAAGAAACCUCUGUUGCCGACUUUGCAGUCACCACCGACGCCGACAGCAGCGUGA